AUGUCGAACAUUGCGGAAGUCUGGACGGCGGUGACCUCUGCAGCGACGCGCGUGGGGAGAGCCCAGCAGCAGCAGGAGCAGCAGCAGCAGCAGGAGCAGCCGCAGGAGCAGGAGGUGGAACAGGAGCAGGACUCUCAGCAGCGGAAGGGCUUGUUGGGGGGCGGCCGCGACGCGGACGCGAGGCAAGUGGGGUCUGCGUUGGCGGCGGCGACGGCGGACGUCGGCGGCCGGCAGCCGGCCGUGGUGAAGCUCGAGCCUGCGCAGGAAGACGUCGUACAUGCUGACGUCAUCGAUGGUGACGUCAUCGACGAGCGUGCGCGGGCGGGUGUGGACGGGCUGCGGCGGGCGCAGGCAGACGGGCAGGACGAGCCCAUGGAAGAGCAGCACGAGGAACAGCAAGCGGCAGAGUCGCAGCAGCAGCAGGAGGAGGACGAGCAACUGCAGCAGCGGCAGCAAGAGGGACGGCAAGAGUCCGAGUUGCUGCAGCAGCAGGAGCAAUUGAGGCAGCAACAAGACGACCAGCGAGAGAAGCAGCAGGAGGGGGAUCAGCUGCACCUCCAUCAACCCGAGCCGCAGCCCUCCCGGCCGCGCUCACUGCGGCGCCUGCGCAGCAUGGGCGACAGCUCAUUGGCCGCCGGCUCGCCAGACGCAUCAACCAGCGGGUCUCACCCUGGCAGGGACUCACCGGCCAAGGGCGCCACCGCUGCGCCGCCCCCAGGCGCCCCCGCGCGCCGCGGCAAGGCGGCGGGCGCCGAGCCGGCCUCGCAGCCGCCCGCUCCCGAGGGCGGACGCACGCGCGGGGCGGCGGCGGCAGCGGCGCUGGCGGCGGCGGCUGCGGGCGCAGCGGAGGGGCCCGGGGGCGGCCGCGGGCAGAAGCGUCGGAAGGGUGAUGGGGAAGAUCGGACGGACGGGCCCGGGGGCGAAGCGACCGCAGAGGCGACUGCGGAGCAGGGCGACUUGAUCGAAGGUACCGGUCAGGGCACCCUCGUCAAGGAGCCGUCCGCCGCGACAGAUGCGACAGGUACCGAGGAGAAGCGGCCAGACGAGGAGGCGCCGGCGAAGCGGCGGCGCGGCCGCCCGCCCAAGGUGCGUCCGGAGCAGCAGCAGGACCGGCAGCCGUCUGCAGCUGCGCAGGCUGAGGGGCAGCAGGAGCAGCAGCAGGAGCAGCAGGAGCCGGAGCAGCAGGAUGAGCAGCAGCAGGGCCAGCAGCACCAGCAGCAGCAGCAAAAGCAGGAGAAGCAGCACCAGGACCAGCAGCACACGCAGGAGGAGCAGCAGCAAGCCCAGCCAGCCAGCGAGGGGGAGCAGCAGGGGCGGCCGCAGGCCGCCGCCCAGGUGGCCGAGACUGCUGGCGCCGCCGCCUCAACCUCGACAGGCGGCUCAAAGCCCCCACUAGGCGCGGCCAGGCCCACCGGCGGCGCCGAAGAGGCGGCAACCGCCGCUUGGAGCGCCCUCGGCGGCGAGCAAGCGCCGCAGGGCGAGCGGCAGCCCGAGGGCGCGCAGGACAGCUGCACACAGCAGCAGCAGCAGCAGCAGCAGCAGCAGCAGCAGCAGCAGCAGCAGCGGUUGGCGGAGCCGCCGGACCCCCAGCAGGAGCAGCGCCGCCGCCUGGUGCGCCUGCGGGACGCGCUCGCACAAGAGCAGCGCCAGGCGGCGCGCCGGCGGCGCGAGGCGGCCGCGAUGCCGCAGAUCACGGUCCGGCCGGCGGCGUCGUGGCCGGCGGUGCUGGACGUGGGGCGCAUGUUUGCAGAUGUUGUCAAGGUGUGGCGGCCGCGGACGCUGGAGUGA